CAGGCAGCAGGAUGUGUGCAAUGGGGCGCGUGCGGGGGGCAGAGAGGGGGAGACCGUCCGCCUUCCGCUCGCAUCCCUUUCUUUUCGUACAGGCUGCGCAAGGCCGGUGAGAGACGGCAUAUCAGCUGCAAUCGCGCUUGGGGGAAGUGAUUUGUCGCACAUUUACGGGAGGAUAAAGUCGCGUAUUAAUGCUGAGACCCGGGAGAGUUCAAUGUAGUUUUCAGUUUACAACAGAAUCAUUACAUUUUUCUUGACAUUAAGCGGAAGGCUGGGAUAUCCCGACGACGCAUCCCCAGGAUCGCCAUGUGGUAAGGGUGCCAGGCGGACGACGUAGACCUUGUCGCCGGCUUCCACAAACACGCCGCGCCUACAUUCAUACAAGUGGAGGCGAUGCACCUGUACGGAGCCGGCUUGCACUUUUCAUCGCCCGGAGCUACCGGUUUCAACGCUGCGCUGCUGCAUACGCUGAAUUUACGACUGAUUAAAGCGCGCUGCUGGAUCGCACAUUUUAUCAGGGAUCUUGUAAUGGGCGUAUGAUACUCGGAAUAUAGGGCAAAUGAAAUACACAAAGUUGUUUUUAUGUAUCGAUCAGCUUGAAACAAGGAUAGGCGUAUUAAAAGAUGUCCGCAACAGUAAUGCAACAGCAACGGCAGACGGAGCUUUGACAAAACAUCGAACCUCCUCCCUUUUCGGUGAAUUUUCAAUUGAUUUAUUCACCCGAAACCUAUCUACCCAAGAGAUAAUAAGAAGAUACAGCAUUAACAGAUUAAACGAAGCUUGUCAGUGUGUCGAUGAAGAACCGCGGGGAUGACAUAGCCAGCAAAUCUGCAGCGACGUUAGUGGUAUUGUUUUUAUCUUGCGAACUUGUGGGGGAGUAGUAUUGCGGUGUCAUGGUACAUAAUAUGUUGGUCUUACAAUAUCCUAGUAUGUUGGUCAUUUCGUGAUAUUAGCUACAUGUUUGGGCUGUUGCAUCUGAAACGUGGACACGGUGCGGUAUUUAUUAUUCUAAACGACAAUGGUUUUCCUUGAUAAAUAUACAGUAUCGGGGUAACAGAUUAUACUGUGUGGGUUUUAGAAAUCUAAUGAAUACAGAUGUGUUAAGUUCCGCCCUUCAACGUUAUGCAUCGAAUAUAGUCUGAAAUUAAUAUUUGAGAAGUCAUCAUGCCAAAAGUGGUACAAAAGUGGUGCCACCGGGCCGCAUAAAGUUGCGCCGAUCGCUGUCACACUGCGCGUGCAUGGUUUCCCCGUGUAGCCGGCGGCUGCCUGUGCUCGAAGCCCCCGAUGGUGCUGACCCAGCGCUGGGAGAGGCUCGCAACCCGCAGUGUGUUCCUCGACCCGCCGUCGCGACUGCGCUCCAGGAUGCUGCGGCAGCUCCUCCACGAAGGACUCAGGACGUCUUUCUACAGGCUCGGACACUUUAUUGCCAACCACCCGGUCUUCUUCGCCUCGGCGCCCGUGCUCAUCUCCAUCCUGCUCGGCGCCAGCUUCAGUCGCUACCGCAUCGAGGAGAACGUGGAGCACCUGUUGGCUCCCAAGCACAGUUUGGCCAAGAUAGAGGGAAACUUGGUGGACAGCCUGUUUCCCGUCAACAGAUCGAAGCACACUCUGUACUCGGACCUGCAGACACCGGGGAGAUACGGCCGCGUGAUUGUCACCUCCGGGCGUGGAAGCGUCUUGGACCAACACCAUGUUGAUCUUAUUCUGAACCUCCACAGCGCCAUCACCCGAAUCCAGGUGGACAUGCUGGGCUUCAACUACACCUUUGCACACCUGUGCCUGCUGGAUGACAGCAAUAGCUGCAUCGUGGACGACAUCCUGCGUGUGCUGGAGGAGCUGCGGGUGUGGCGGGCAUCCAACCGGACAGCGCCGGCCCUGCGCUACCCCAUCACUCGGCUGCGCGACGGCCGCGAGGCCUACAUCGGCCACCAGCUGGGCGGGGUGCAGAGGGUCGGUCGCGACGGGGCUGCAGUGCGCUCCGCCCGCGCCCUGCAGCUCACAUACUACCUGCAGGCGGCUGGGCCGCUCAACGAGGCGGUGGCAUCGCGCUGGGAGAGCCAGUUCUGCCGCAUGCUGGAGCACUUCCGGGAGGCGCACCCGGAGCUGGGCCUGCUGCCCUUCACCUCCUCCUCGCUGCAGCGCGACUUCCAGCGAAGCAGCCAUGUGGCUGGGCGCCCCCUGCUGGGUGGCCUAGCACUGUGCGCGCUGCUCGCACUGCUGUGCUGCUCCAUGCGAGACUGUGUGCGCUCCAAGCCCUGGCUGGGCCUCCUCGCCUUGGUCACCGUGGGUCUGGCCACCCUCACUUCGGCCGGCAUCGUCAAUCUCACCGGGGGCAAAUACAACUCCACCUUCCUGGGCAUCCCGUUCAUCCUGCUGGGUCACGGCUUGCUGGGCACCUUCGAAAUGCUGUCAUCGUGGCGCCGCACGAGGGAGGACCAGCACGUGAAGGAGCGCGCGGCGGCCGUCUUCUCAGACUCCAUGCUGCCCUUCAGUGCCAGCACCGCCAUGUACCUGGUGACGUUCGGCAUCGGGGCCAGCCCCUUCACCAACAUCGAGGCGGUGCGCCUCUUCUGCAGGAACACCUGCGUGGCCAUCGUGUUCAGCUACCUCUAUGUCCUCACCUUUUACGGCGCCAACCUUGUCUUUGCUGGCUACCUGGAAAACAACUACCAGCACAGCCUCUUCUGCCGGAAAGUGCCCCGGCCAGAGGUGCUGCAGCAGAGGCCCAGCUGGUACCGCUGUCUCAUGCACACGCAAUACAAUGAGGAGGCCACUGAACCGAGCGACCUCCGUGCCUACGAGCGCCAUCUGCUGGUGUCCUUCGUGAAGCACUACUACUGCGACUGGAUCACCAACACAUAUGUGAAGCCCUUUGUGGUCCUCUUCUACCUGGUCUACGUCUCCUUUGCUCUCAUGGGUUACCUCCAGGUUAGCGAGGGCUCUGACCUCAGCAACAUGGUUGCUACAGAGACUAGCACCAUUGCCUACACGCGGGCUCAGCAGAGGUUCUUCAGCAGCUACAGCCCGGUCAUUGGUUUCUACAUCUACGAGUCCAUCGAGUACUGGAAUGCCAGCGUGCAGGAGGACCUCCUGGAGUACACCAAGGGCUUCGAGAGGAUCUCCUGGUUUGAGAGCUACCUGGGCUACCUGCGUAGCCUCAACCUGAGCUCCACGCUGCCCCGGCACAACUUCACUGAGCUGCUGCGGCAUGGCUUCCUCAAGCAGCCGCAGUUCCUGCACUUCUCCGACGACAUCAUCUUCGCCCGCCGCAGCGACGGCGAUGCCGACGUAGCCGCCUCGCGUAUGUUCCUCGUCGCCAAGACCACCGAGAACAAGAGGGAGGAGAUGUCGGUCUUGCUGGACACGCUCCGCCGGCUCUCGCAUACUUCACGCGUGAAGUUCAUCAUCUUCAACCCCUCCUUUGUCUAUAUGGACCGCUAUGCUGCCUCCGUGUGCGCGCCACUUAACAACGCCUGCAUUGCCGCCCUCUUCCUGCUCUUCUUCUCCGCCUUCCUGGCAGCCGACCCGCUGGUAAAUGUGUGGCUCACAGUCACUGUGGCAUCGGUGGCCUUCGGGGCGGUUGGCUUCAUGACUCUGUGGCGGGUGGAGCUGGACUGCGUCUCCGUCCUCUGCCUGAUCCACGGUGUGAACCAUGCCAUUGACGCCGGCAGCCCCCUGGUCUCUACGUUCGCCUUGGGCCGGGACUACACACGCACACGCUGGGUGCAGCAGGCGCUUGAGCGGCACGGGGUGCCCCUGCUGCAGACCUACCUGUGCUAUGGCGCCGCCCUGCUGCCCCUGGCCGCCGUGCCGUCCAAUCUGACCCGCACACUCUUCCGGUGCCUCUUCCUCACAGCACUCAUCACUCUUUUCCACUGUUUGGCCAUCCUGCCUGUGGUUCUAACCUUCCUGCCGCCAUCCAAGAAGAAACGGAAGGGCAAGAAGGCCUCCGAGAACAGGGAGGAGAUCGAGUGUGUGGAGAUGGCAGAUAGUACUCGCGUGGUUGAUCAAAUUACCACUGUUUAACUGGCAGAAGCAGAAGAGCCCAGGAUGGGCCAGGGCACACAGUAUGGGAGGAGAUGAUGACAGCAUCUGGCAGGGCUGGAUGGCAGAGCUUCAUACAUGGAGAUUAGUGUGAGCGGAGCCAGCGACCAAAGUGGGUGUGGCCUGAUAUGAGGGUGGGUGAGUCCCAGACUCAAGUCUGCAGUGGUCCAGUGCAGUGUCCACAGCAUUAGCUGUGGUGUAAAGGUUUGUAAGUCACUCCUGAAUAUGGUUUGGACAGCAUUCAGAAAUUCAUAGCUUAGCGUGAAUUAGAAGUAUUCAUUCACACGUUUCACCAUCUGUGAUUUGAACAGUAAUAGGUGCAGCAUAUGGUCCUGUCUCUGUCAAGUGUACUGGGUGAAGGACAAACACGGAUGCACUGCUCCCAUGUUCGUGAUGGUUGUAUGUCUUUACUGGACUGUAGAUCUCGUUGUCAUAGUGACCUGUUACUUGAGGCAUUUCUGUCGAGGUUGGCUGAGCUGUCAUGAUGAAAUGCUGUUCUAGGCCUAACUGUGAAAGUGAGUGUCUUGCUCCCUGUGGUGAAUUUCUCAUGUAAGGCCUGUGUCAGAGUGUCAUGUCUGGUUGAAUUUUACAGUGGUGAAAUUCAGUCCAGGGAACGCAAUGACUGGCCCAGUUGAAAUAGAAGAAUAGGCAGAGUUUAGGCAGAGACAUCAGCUGGGUACUGGUUUGGUGGAUGAAUGUCAGAGCAGCUGUAAGGAUCACAGGGUGUGACUCGGUGUUAGAGCAGAACCGCAGACUGACAUGGUUACGGUUAGGGCCACUCUUAUAGCCUUGGGUGGUUUGUGUAGCUGGAGUGUGUAUCUAUACAUUAAAGUUGAAUUUACAUGAAGGAAAUUUAAUUUAAAAUUGAUUUGAAUAACUCCACGUUAAAGUGUUCAGUGCCGAUGACUUAUGCAGCACAACUAAAUAUAAUUAUGAUGUGGACUAGCUGAAGUAUAAAAUAAAUGUGAUUUACUUUAUAAAUUCUGUUCAUGUAAACUGAAAUAAUAUGAAAACCACCCCAGCAACCCUCCAAAAUGACAAAUUGUGUCGACUGCAGUUUUUUUUAGGAAGCGCAUAAUUCUAAAUGAUUUUUAUUUAUUAGGUAGUCUAACGUUAAUAUAUACAGAUCGAACCAUCCUUUGCCAAGUACAGUUACUCACUGCGAGGAGUGUGCAUUCUGGUGUAUGAUUUUUUUUCUACAAAUACUGUCAGCACCCAUUUGAAUGCUGUAGAAAAGCUACCUGAAAAUACAGCAUCGACCUUGCAGAAAAUCAAUGCCGCAUUGGACAGCGUUGCUGAGCUGCUCGAAAAUAUAUUCUUUGGAAAGAGCUAUGCAUCCAUCCUCACAGGGGGUCUGGAGCUGGUCCCAGGCAGCAAAGUGCAUGGGGCUGGGGGACACCCUGGAUGGGAUGCCAGUCCAUCACAGGGUCCAAACAUAUACUGUCAUUCACCGGCAUGCAAAGUCCACACACAAAUAUUAUGAAAGCUAGUGAAUUUCAUUUUAUGUUCGACAUUGAACACAUAACAGAACAUGUCCAUGCAAAGCUGGUCUGGAGUUCAAAGUUCUAUAAGCAGGAUGUUUGUCCAUCAGUCCAUCUUCCAUAGUGCCUGUCCAGUUUGACACUGGAGCCAGUCCCAGUCGGCACAGGGAAACGGACCUGGGGCCUCCUUCGCAAGUUGCCCAUCCAUUACAGGGCCCAAGAGAUCACGCUCAGUCACACAGGUGGACAAGGAAGGAAAGGGUCAAACCCACAGCCCUGGAGGGUUUUCCUUCUGCCAAAUGUAGUGCUUUUUAUAGCAUUGGGAUGAAUGGAUAUAUGGAUGAAUAUAGCCCAGUAAUUAGACGUGCUCUCGGCGUAAGAAGGAAAGUAACAGAGCUGCUAUCCAUUAAUCAAAUGAGUUUCUAAUGCGCUAUUUGCUUCACUUGUACGUUGCUUCGGACAAAUGCGUCGGCUAAAUGAUGUAAAUUUAAUCAAUACGUGACUGGCAGCAUGCUCCAGGACGGACUGCUGGCAGGCGGCCUGAUGGAUGACAGCCAGUAGUCUUACGUAGGUGAUUACGGUCGCAAACGGUCCACGGAAGUAAUUCCGGUCUGAGACACAUUACAGUGCUAAUGGGAAAUAUGGGACUAAUACUGUUGAAAUAUUAACCAUUGCCAAAGGAAAUAUUUGUUUUACAGGAAUUUAAUGGUAUUGUCAGCUAAUUACUGUGACCAUCAUAUCCUGACUGUUUAUUGAUCCAGAUAAUCAAAUUCUCUAUGUGGAAAAAAAUGCUUAUGGGAUAAACAUGUUCUGAGGGCAGACAGAAAAAUGAUUGGUUCAGAGAGAUAACAAAUCAGAUUGUACAGGGGGUGGGUACAAGCCACUAGAGACAUCUGAUUGGUUGGUCCCGCCUCCUGUAGUUGUGAGGAACCCCCCUCCACUACAAUCUGAUUAUCUCAGAUCAUUUUUUGUUCUGCCCUCAGAAUAUUUUUGUGUAAGUAAAACUUCUAUAAGCAAGAAAAAAACCUAAAGGACUCAUAAUGUAGUGCUCGAAAGGGGAACUUUGAAGUGUCUGUGUGGAUGUAACCAUUACAUUACGUAAAUGUUAGUCAGUAGUGUAGAUCUGAAGAGAAUCCUCACGCCGGCGCGCUAUCAGGGUUGAAUUUAACGUAGAUGUGAGAUGUGCUUGCAAACCCAUGUGACAGUUCGACGCAUCGAUUUCGGGCCUAUGUUUAAACGUAGGAGCUGCUUGCCCAGUUUUGGGUAAUUUCAUAUUAUGCAAAGGAAUGCUUAUCUAAAAUUGAUAUAUGUUCUGCUGCGGCCUUUUUCAUUAUUCGGUACUAAAAUAUCAGUUAUAGUUUUUUGCUAUACUUUAUCGCCAUUCUGAGUAUACUAAUGAUGAGCUUCUGAUAUAUUUAUUAACGACCACAUUGAGAAUAGCUAGGAGUACUUGGGAAUGCAGGAAUAAGAUUGUCUGGGCCCCUUAGCGGUGGAAGGAUAUACCAAAAACUGCAGUGGGACGUGGUAUAGGUCUUAUUACAGAGCAUUCAAACAGGACCCAGCACUGGAAGUGCAUCACCUGAAAGGCUGCUUGGGGGCACUGGGAGGGCAGGCUGUCAUGGUCAUAAACACUCAGAAAGCUGUAAAGUGCCCACAGAUUGUUUGGGGGUCGGUACAGUAUGUGGUGGUAUCUGCCUUUGCAGCAGUGCACCAAACUACUAUUUAUUUAUUUGUUUGUUUGUUUGUUUGUUUGCUACAUAUUCACUUAAUAUAAUAACCCUUUGCAGGCAGAGCUACGUAUAUGUGAAGGCAUAUAUGGGUAUAUAGGUAGGUAUGUAGCCAGGUGGGUUUCAGUGUAGGAGUAUACCACUGUGGGGCCACUGAGACAGGGAUAUACCACUGCAGAGCAGUCUUGGCCUGUAAUACACCACCGCAGAGUGAGAGACCUGGUGCGCCUACGAGGUAAAUGCACCAUCAUACUUCCUGUAGAUCACAGCACCCUGUAGAUGCGGUCUGGGCUGGAACAUAGCAUUGUGGAGUACGCCUGGGCUGGGCCUGCCACCGCAGAGGCACUCCCAUCUGAAAUGCCCCACCUCAGUUUUGUUGGUCUUUGUGAGCUCUCUCAAGGGGUCUCUAGGCUUAUGAUUUGAGCGGCUGUCUGUGCUUGAAAGCUUCUACCCUUUAAGAUCUGUAAAGUACACUUUCUCGAUUGCCCUCAUUUUAUAAAUGAGCUCUGCAUUUAGCGAGAGAGCUGCAGGCGUCUGAUCUCUGUAAACCCUGCCUCUAGUCGCCCUCCGCUCCUUCUGUCGUUACCGUAGUCCCGCGGUUUCCAGCUGCGUCCAGGCGAUGCUGUGCGCUGUGAAGCUGUGGAUUUGUGGCCGUGUCAGGGGGUCGAAGGGAGGGUGGCCGCUGUGCUAUGCUGUGUCUGACAUUCCGCAGCGUUAUGCAGGUGAAAUGAAGGCGUGUGCCUGCUGGGACCCCCACCGUAGUGUCUCUGUACCGGCAGUGAACAUGCUGCUCUCUGUUAAUCCGACACACACAUCUACACACAUUCACAGCACUGAUCGCUGGAUCAGACAAACAAAUCCUUUUCCUACACACACACAUACACACCUGUGAAUUUCUCCCUCUGCUCAGACACAUUGAUAAUUGAAAUGUCACUGUUGUUACUUCUGACAAAGACCCUGCCAUUUUUUGUAACUGUUUAUACAAGUUGAAGAUGAAUAAAGUAAAUCGUGUUAAAACAGUG